AUGGGCCGGGGCAAUGGCGGCCGUGGCCGUGGCGGUGGCAGCGGUGGCCGCGAUGGCUACCGUUCGUGGAGCCCGGUGACAGCGCCGCCAACGUGGCAAGGCGGCUACCAGGGCUAUCAUCAGUGGUGGCGCAAGCCGCAUGAAGAGCGGCAGGAGGAGGAGGACGAUGGAGUCCACCUCCGUACAAUAGGUGAGGCUACCAUCCAGCGCAACUGGCUGCGGUGCAUGGCUUGCCAGAAGUCUUUCAAGACGCAAUACAGCUACCAGCAGCACUACCAAGCAAAACACGCCAGCCAAGCGCCGCAGGCACAGGAUGUGCCAGAGCCGGAAGUGGUUCCCGACUCCUCAGUUCUUCCAGAGGAGUCCAUCUCCCAGGGCAAGGUGAGGGUGGCCAAGGGCGGCCAGGGAUACGUGGCACCCGGCCCAGACACGGUCGCGGCCCUGGGCUUCUCGGCAGCACAGCUGCAAGGGCCAUCGCCAAUGCCACCUCCAGCGGGGCCGCCGGACAGCCAAGCUUCCGGGUCUGCUGCGAGCUCUGGCCGGGGCGGCAGGCGGAACGAGCUUCUUGCGAACUUCUUGCAGAGUAUGGGAAGUUUGGUGAGAGAGAUGGGCGAUGACGUGCCACUGCCAAAGCAGGGCCCAUCGCCACCAAGCGGCCGCUAG